UUCCCGGAUGUCUCGCGAUGCUGCGUUUAGAAACUGUGAUUGAAUGCUGCGACACCUCUGGUACUCCACUAUUUUGUGUCCUUCCUGACGCUACCUUUUCCACAACGAGAAUGGUGCAGCUGCACGUGAAGCGCGGUGACGAGAGCCAGUUCCUGUUCAGUACGUCAGUCGACGUCCCGUUGGAAACCCUGACCCAGCAGGUCACAGCCAUCUACAACGCCAGGCUCAAAGUAGACAGGCUAUGCUCAGAGUUCCCAGAGCUGGUGGACCACGGGGUGACGCUGCCCCCCAACAUGCAGGGUCUGACGGAUGAACAGAUUGUUGACCUGAAGCUAAAGGACGAGUGGGAGGAGAGGUGUGUCCCAAGCGGAGGACCUGAAUUCAACAAGGAUGAGAUUGGAAGGAGGAACGGACACGCUCCUAACCAGAAGAUGAAGGAGGUGCUGAGGAACACCAUGGAGGAGGCCAAGGCACUCAUCUCUAAGAAACAGGUGGUGGCUGGUGUGUGUGUUACCAUGGAGACGGUGAAGGAGGCGCUGGACCAGCUGAGGGGCGCGGUGAUGAUCGUCUACCCAAUGGGUCUGCCGCCACACGACCCAAUCAGGAUGGAGAUGGAGGACCAGGAGGACCUGUCAGGAACACAGGCAUCUCUCCAGGUGAUUCCAGUGGAGGAGGCUCAGCUGUGGUGGGCUGCUAAGGAGAUGCAGAGAGGGAAGAAACUACAGGACUACAUCGGCAAGAAUGACAAAACCAAGAUCGUAGUCAAAAUACAGAAGAGGGGCCAGGGGGCGCCAGCCAGAGAACCUGUGGUCACAGAGGAGCAACAGAAACAGAUGAUGAUGCACCUCUACAAGAGACAACAGGAACUCAAGAUGCUGGACGAGGUGGAGGACGACAGUCACCUCCACUCAGAAUGGUCAGACAGACAGGCCUUAAAGAGACAGUUUCAGGGCCUCAGCAACAUCAAGUGGGGUCCCAGGUAGACACACACAUGCCAUUUGUCUUUCUUUCUUUUUUUUUUUAUAAAAAUUGUAAGCUCAAGUUUACAAAAAUAAAAUGGGU